UAUGUAUGCUUGUACACAUGUAAAUUUAAAUCUUUAAAUGCAAUAUUUUGUUCUUUUUUAUUACGCGUCUACGUGCGGCUUGAAAUGCAUAAUCUCAAAAAUGUCCCCGACAUGCUUAUCUGCACGCUCUAAAAUUUGCACGCAAUUGAAUUUACAAUAUUAUGCUCAAUAAUAACAAAACGACAACCAAAACUACAUAUGUAUGCUUUAUGAAACUGUCCCACUGUUUGUGCUCUGCUGUGAUGUUCCGACUUGGCUUAAUUAAUACCGGGCUAUACUCUCUCUUUCAUCGCCGAACACAGGAAGCUGGGUGCAUCCUGGAGAAUAUGCUUCUUCGGGUAGGUAUCAAGAUUCAUAUAUCUAUGGAUUUAUUUAUGUCACAUGUAAAUACAUUAAACACCAAAUAAUAACGGUAAUCGCUUAAGUCGAAAGUCUUAACACAUUGAACAACUGAAUUGGCUACACUUAUUCAACUAGCCCAUUGAUUGGGUGCUAAAUCAAUUAUGUAGAAUAUUUAAAUUGCAAGAACAAUGUAUAACCGAAUUCAUCAUCUCUUUUGUCAUCCUGUUCCUUUCUCAACAACACAUGCAUUUUUGUUGAAUACAAAAACCAACAACAACGAACGAACGAACGAAUACACAUACUCGCGCAUGCGAAUACAUAAAUACAUAAACAUAUGCAAAUACUUUCCGAUAUUUUUGGAAUGUCUAAAACAAUUAACCUGUGUGUUUCGCAUGUGCGCAUUCUUUGGAUAUUCGAAUCGCGCAAAUGUACUGGCUACUCAAAAUUCCUUUGCGAUUGAUGUCGUUCGUAAAGCUAAUGACAACUAUUUUGGCAUGGGCAAGGAAGUGGAAAAUCUUAUCAUGGAAAAUAAUGAACUCUUGGCAACGAAGAAUGCUCUGAAUAUUGUUAAGGAUGAUUUGAUUGCCAAAGUGGAUGAGCUUACUGGCGAGAUAGAAAUAUUGCGUGAAGAAUUAAAUGCAAUGCAGCAAUCGCGCAACAAACUGCGUCAAAAGGUGAGCGAGCUUGAGGAGGAGCUGAAAAAAACAAAGGAACAAGUAAAGCAACAGAAUGACAGUGAGCAGGAUGAGAAUGAUGUGCCAUUGGCUCAGCGUAAACGCUUUACGCGCGUUGAAAUGGCAAUGGUAUUGAUGGAGCGCAAUCAAUAUAAAGAACGUCUCAUGGAGUUGCAGGAAGCUGUACGUUUAACGGAGAUUUUACGCGCUUCUCGCACCGUCGAUAACUUGGACAAAAAGUCAAAACAGAGCAUUUGGAAAUAUUUUAGCAGUUUAUUCACCCCCUCCAAUCGCCCGCAGGAACGUGUCGCUGACGGGCAAGGAGGGGGGCCGAUGUUUCGUUACUCCAGCCCAGUUCACAGCCAUGGAUCCCCCAGUCGAAGUAGCGACAAUCGCCUUGCCUUAACGGGUGUUCGCGACAAUGCAAAUCCUCCACCACAUCCUGCAAGCGCCGGCCUGGCAAACGCAUUAAUCAUGGCGAAAGACUACUCCGACGAGGGUACUUCUGAGCGCGCCAGCGCACGGCGACGCGAACAAUAUCGACAGCUGCGUGCUCAUGUACAGAAAGAGGAUGGCCGUUUGCAGGCUUAUGGCUGGAGUUUGCCCAUAAAUAAGACAAGUCAGGAGCAGCAAAAUCGCCAUAGUGGCGGCGUACCAGUGCCAGUCUAUUGUAAUCCGUUGGCGGAGGCGUCGCCACAUAUGAAAGUUUUCUGUGCCGCUGGCGUGAACCUUAAUGGCGGCUUUACAAAGGAUGGUCAAUCAGUUAUACCGGCAACGUCACCGUAUGCACCACGUUCAACGGCUAAAAUCGCUGAGAUUACCAGCCCGACGGCAGAACAUUCAGCCGAGGCGCUCGAUCGGCAGAUAAAUCGUGCGAGUCUGGCCAACUUAGAACCGGAAACACAGUUGUCGUCGUACAUUUGGAUCUGCACAAGCACACAUGCGGCAAGCACUGUCACAGUUGUAGAUGCUAACCAGUCAGCGGUUGUGUUGGAUGCGUUUCCCAUUUGUGCAUCGCACAUGCUCUGUAUCGCCUCUGUUCAAGGUGCUGUGGAAAAAGACUACGCUUUGCUAGAGAACUCUGAAGUAUUAAAGGCCGGUGAAAUGUUAGAGCAUCCCGGCGAAGGUGCCGAAUCAUUCGGCAAGGUUGAGUUUGUACGCGUGCGGCCAAAAGCUGAUAAGAACAGCAACACACGCAAGGACGCAAAAGCAGACGAGCAGGCGCAAGAAGUGAUAGCUAUUGAAACGGCCGCUGUUGAAGAGAAUGCAAAGGAGGCUGUGGAAAAAACAGCAGAAGGCACAAAGAAUGUGUCCAUUGAGCCGUUGGGCAAUAUACAAGAGAUUAAGGUACGACAGGCACUGCCAGGCGCACCGCAACGGCUGCAGGAUGACGGCAGUGUGACCGGCGCUAAAGCGAACAUCAACAACAACAACUUGCAGCCAUCCUUCUCGAAGCCCAUCAAUCCGAUUUUGGGUACGAAAAAUCGCCAAGAGCCGCCAAUGAGUUCCGUGGGGCCGACCAUGUGGAUGGGCGAUCAAGAAGGUUGGCUGUACGUGCAUAGUGCUGUGGGUCGUUGGCAUGAGUGCUUGCACAAGGUUCUUCUGCCCGAUGCCGUCCUAGCGAUAGUGCAUGUGGAAUCGCGCGUUGUUGUGGCUCUAGCCAACGCUCAAUUAGCAGUGUUUCGCCGCCAAACAGACGGUCAAUGGGAUCUGAAUUGUUAUCAUCUGGUAACGCUGGGUGACCGUAAUCAUUCGAUACGUUGCCUCUGUGUGGCCGGCGAACGCAUUUGGGCCGCACAUCGCAACAAGAUCUAUAUUGUUGAUCCGAUAUCACUAAGCAUAGUCCACUCGCUGGAAGCGCAUCCGCGUAAGGAGAGCCAAGUGCGACAAAUGGCUGCUACCGGCUCCGGCGUUUGGGUCUCCAUACGUUUGGACUCUACAUUGCGAUUGUACAAUUCGUACACUUUCGAGCAUAAACAGGAUGUUGAUAUCGAGCCGUACGUUUCGAAAAUGCUGGGCACUGGCAAAUUGGGUUUCUCUUUUGUCCGCAUCACUGCAUUGAUGGUAUCAUGCAAUCGCUUGUGGAUCGGCACCAGCAACGGUGUCAUAAUUUCGGUGCCAUUGUCAGAGGGUCAAGGCAAAUCAUCUGACCCCAAUAGUCAAAUACCGUUAUGUUGCAUGGCGAAUGCACAGUUGUCCUUCCACGGUCAUCGUGAUGCGGUAAAGUUCUUUGUGUCCGUGCCGAUGCAGCCACAAAAUGGUGGCCAAUUGCAAUUUACCAACAAACGGCCGGAUAUGCUAGUCAUGUGCGGUGGUGAAGGGUACAUCGAUUUCCGCAUAAAUGACAACGACAUGGAAAGCAGUAUCCAAUUGGAGGCAAAUCAAACGAUUGAUAAUCGCGGCGAUAAGAGUUAUUUAAUUGUGUGGCAUGUUAGUCAACGCUAGUUUUUAAGUCCGUAGACUUUUACGAAAAGAAGUUGAAACAGCUAGAGGAUCCUUUCUGGAUUUUUAUAUAGACGGGAUGCAAGCCAUCGGAGGCACGAAUAAUAAAUGAUUUCUAAAUAAAAAUAUGCAAAUGAUAAUCCCAGUUAAAAAGUGAAAGCAAACAAUGAAGCUAAUAGAAAUAACUUGCAUAUAUAUACAUACGUAUGUAUGUAUGUACAUAUGUAACUCGUACAGAGGUGGCAUACAAAAUGUGGUAUUUGUAAUUCGCUUUGCGCCAUUUAGCAGUUCAUGGUACACACUUUGAUUUAGCUUGUACGAAAUGUGUGCGCUUUUUGGGACAAUGCUUUCAGUUUUUUAAAUAAAUGAAGGGGUGAGUAGUUAUAGCUUAAGCUUUACUUGCAGUGAUAAAAACUCAAACCGGUCUAGUAGACAUUAUUUUAAAAGAAAAAAAACGAACCAAAAAGACGUUUGAACGUUUUAUGAAUUACAUAAUUAGUACGUAGGCCCAUUACGACCUCAAUAAGAUAUAUAUUAUAUUGCAGUCGUAUGAUGUGUAUUAAUCAAAUAAAAUUAAUAACUUAGACCUUUGUAUGAGUGUUCUUCAGCAACGGCCACAAAAAAGUAAUUGUACCGUGUGCAAAAAUAGAAAAACAACAGCUACCUUCUGAGGACGUAAAACUAACAAUAA